CUGACAGGAGACGUAAACAUUGCCAUGCCCUGCUUCAUGCACCACCUCCUGCGAUCUUCCUCCUCCACCUCCUCUUCUUCCUCCUCCUUUGGGAUGUAGAGGACAGCAGCUGUUUCUGCCAGGAGUUUUCCUCGUUGACGACCCCCCCCCUCCACAUGGGAGCCAAGCAGGCCAAGAGCCAGGAGCCCGGGGGGGGCAGCCCCCUGCACGGCUGGAGGCGGACCCCCACCAAGGAGCGCGGCAGCGACCUCUUGACCUCCCUGGUGCUGAAGUCGGGGGACCGGCUGAGCCGCCACGGAGGGGCCGCCACGCCGCCGCCGCCCUACCAGCGGCGCAUCGGCAUGAUCCAGGAGAUGAUGCUGAUGGCCAAGCAGGGCAAGCAGGACGAGGUCACGGAGAUGCUCAAGACCCUCCGACAGGACCUGGGCAUGGAGUCGACGUCUCUGGAUGACGUGUUGUAUCGCUACGCCAGCUUCAGGAACCUCGUGGACCCGAUCACACACGACCUGAUCAUCAGCCUGGCGCGAUACGUCCACUGCCCCAAGACGGAGGGCGACUCUCUCGGGGCGAUGGAGAAGGUGUGUCGCCAGCUGACCUAUCACCUCAGCCCCCACUCGCAGUGGAGGAGGGGCCUCCUGAAGAGGAAGCCUCAGGCCUGUCUGAAGGCGGUGCUGUCGGCCCCUCUGUCCAGCGGGGCGUUGGACCUGUCCGGCAUCCCUCUGGCGGCCCGCGACAUGGAGCGCCUGUGUGCACACCUGCAGCGCCACGCCUCCACCCUGGUCAGCAUGGAGAUGGGCUUCAGCGAGCUGACGGACGACGCCUUCCUGCUGCUGCUGCCUACGCUGGCCGCCCUGCCGCACCUGGAGACCCUGGCGCUGAACGGGAACCGGCUGACCAGGGCGGUCCUGAAGGAGCUGACCGACGCUCUGAAGGACCCCGGCAGCUUCCCCAGCGUGACGUGGAUCGACCUCGGCAACAACGUGGACAUCUUCUCGCUGCCGCAGCCCUUCCUGCUCAGCCUGAGGAAGCGCUGCCCCAAGCAGGGAAACCUGCCCACCAUCCUGGAGUUCGGGGAGAGCCAGGCCAGCGACCCCCCCGAGAGGCCGAGGGGUCUCGUGGAGGAGGAGGAGACGGACGACGCCAACCGAACCGAGAGCAUGGGCGACCUCCGCUCGGAGGUGGAGGAGGAGCUGGACGGGGAGCUGGAGAUAGAGGAGAUGAUGGAGGAGCUGCUGGACUUCGACAGGGAGGUGCAGGGGAAGGACGACGAGGACGAGAGCAUGUGGACGGUCGGGGAGCAGAGGAAGACGGGGAGGGGGAGGGGUUGGAGAGGGGAGGAGGAGAAGAAGGAGGAGGAGGAGGAGGCGCGGCGACCGGGCAGGAGGGCGGUGAUGGCGGACGACGGCGACGACUCCUCCCACCUGUCCUGCUCCAGUCAGUCGCGGCACUCCUCCGGCGCCGUGGAGACGAGGAGAGCGGCGGAGGACGACGACUUGAACGAGGAGCGGUCGGACCGCCUGACCUGAGAGCCGCUCCUCCUCCCCAGGAAGGAAACGAGAGGAAGGAGACGUGAGGAAGGAGACGAGAGGAAAGAGAUCAGACGAAGAAGACUGAGACGAAGAAGACCGAGACAAAGGAGACGGGACGAAGGAGACGAGACGAAGGGGACGAGACGAAGGAGACGAGACGAAGGGGACGAGACGAAGGAGAUGAGACGAAGGGGACGAGACGAAGGAGACGAGAUGAAGGAGACGAGACAAAGGACACCAAGAUGAAGGAUACUAGACGAAGGAGACCAGACGAAGGAGACGAGACGAAGGAGACGAGACAAAGGACAUCAAGAUGAAGGAUACAAGACGAAGGAGACCAGACGAAGGAGAGGAUACAAAGAAGACAAGACGAAGGAGACAAGACGAAGGAGACAAGACGAAGGAGACGAGACGAAGGACACCGAGAUGAAGGAGACAACGAAUGAGACCGAGAUGAAGGAGACCAGAUGAAGGAGACAACGAAGGAGACCAGACGAAGGAGACAAGAUGAAGGAGACCAGAUGAAGGCGACAAUGAAGGAGACGAGACGAAGGAGACAAGAUGAAGGAGACGAAGGAGACCGAGACGAAGGAGACAAGAUGAAGGAGAUGAAGGAGACGAGACGAAAAUGACCAAGACGAAGGAGACGAGACGAAGGAGACGAAGGAGACGAGCGGAAGUCUCCCCUGAGGACGGCUGAGCGUGGCGUUGGACGGACGUGGCUCGGCGUUAAAGCGCCCGAGGCGUUCAGGUGACGCCCGAGAACACGAGGAGACAGCGUCCCCGACGGGAGGACGACUCGAUUAUUAUCACGCGAGGCUUUUAUGUAUAGAAUCUUAAUUCAGGUCCUUUCCUCUUGGUAACCGUGGUGAUGCCUCCAUGUGCCUGACUCGUCCCGUUAGGAGUGUGUUGUGAACGAUGACGACAAGAAACACUCAAACUAGUCGGGGACCGUUACACCACUUCACUUUUUAGUUGUUUAGUUUCUGCCAAAAACCAGAAGGGAUUUAAAUGUUUCCCUCCCACGUUCGGCCAGAUGGAUCGGAAGAUAGACGGGGGGGGGGGGUAAUAAUAA